AUUACUUCCUGUUUGAAAGACGUCAUCGGCCGCAUAACAGGAGCCUUUCUCCGUUGCUCAUUUGGGUGAAAUCGGCUCGGCGCUUGCAAUAUAAACUACAACUAGUGAAACUUCAUGAUGGCUGACGAGGAGGUAACAUCUAAGGACCUGGUGGAUGUGGCAAGCAACGACAAUAUUUCUGCCGAUUGGAAAAAGCUUGCUUCCAUUCUUGACUCCACGAAGUUUACCCGUGGAACAAUUAGAAUAAUCAAGGAGGAGAACAAAGAAGAUGAUAUAUUCAUGCAGACCAAAUCGAUGCUGGAAAAAUGGCACAACAAACACGCCAGGUCUGCCACUCGCGGGAAACUGAUCAAAGCUAUAGUCAAGUGUGGCUAUACGAAAGACGCUGAAACAAUAUUUGGGGUGCCCCUAGUGACACAGAACACUCCAUCUGGUGGUGGAUCUGAUACGCCUGACGGACAUUCUAAACCAUCAGAUGCUGGACCAUCAGCCAUUGAAGCAUUCUUUGUAACAGCAGUAGAAUCAGAGGAUAAGGCUCUUGAAGGGGUUUUGGAAAAGGUGGCGCCUGAGCUUCGUGAUAAUCCUAUAAAGUUUAAGGGAGAGCUGAUUAUGCCAUGCUGGUCAACAACGUGGCAACCCAAUGAAUCAUCUCGUAUCAUAGUCGGGAUGACAACACAAGCUGAAAUGGGUGCGUCGUCCGCGGCUGAUAUAGCAACGGCUGUAUACCAAGCAGUGGAAAAUGGAGCAAUACACAAGAAUGCUUUUGUAGCCAUGGUUGGGGUGUGUGCAGGUCGUGAAAGCGAGAUCAGCUUGGGUGAUGUAUUGACACCCUGGAAAAUCGCUAUUGAAUCAGGUGGAAAGAAUGAAAAAGAUUGUCAUAAAGCAGCUGCCAAAUAUGUUGAAGUACGUCGUCCGAUGACAUCUGCAGUUCUACAAGCAAAAAGAAAAUUUGGCCAGGAAUUAGCUAAAUAUAUUCCAAAUCAUCUGCAAGGCAUACCAUCUCCAAGGUAUCUUCUGGAUGCUACGCUUUUGAGGCUUCAGCAACUGAAGAACAGUAAAGAAUUACUUGACACUCCCACUGUACACGGAGAUCUAAUGAAACAAUAUAAAAAGUGGCCUGAGAAAGUGAUAACAAAGAAGGUUGUGAAACAAGCGCUAGACAAGCUAGUCGACAUGACAUAUGCAGAAACAGAUGAAGAAGGAAGAAAUUUCAAAAUAGCUUCAGCUGGCGAGGAAGAAAUAAAGAAGGUCAAGGAAACUGAAGAUUUUCCUCGUACAGAUGAAGGGCCCAAAAUCUGGCACGAUCCUGUACUACAAGGAACAGAUGUGGAAAGUGAUUUGGAUGAUCCUAAGUGGGAAGCACAUGCCCAACGUGCUGGUCAAAGAAAACUUCGUGGAUAUGAAAUGGAAGGCUACACAUUCUCGUCUCAAAUACUAAAGUGGUGCAACGACAUAAACCUUCUGUUCGUAAAAGGUUGCAUCAGAUGUGGGUGAUAAAGCAUACAAGAUGGAUUAUUAUCAAGAAUACGCUGCAUGUGUGGCCACGGCAUUUGCUCUACACGUUCUGGAAACGACCCCUUCCCUUGCUGGCAGACAGUCUUAGAGAGACAUGUUUGCCACAGUUUUAGUUGCGUGGCUUUAUUUCAUGAGACGUUUACAUGCAUGAGUAGCUCUAGCUGUGCGGUUCUCUAGCUAUGACAUGCAUGUAGACAUGUAUUGUGCUGCUGUGAGUGUACAUGCACAGAGCUGCAUGUACUUUUUAGUUGUAGGCUUUUCACGUUUGGAUUGUAGCUGGACGAAAUACAGUCUAUACAUAUAUCUACGUA